AUGGUGAUCAAUCAAGUUUUCUACUUAGCACAAUUAAAUGGCGUUGUUGCAGUUGAGGUGAUGAACUCAAGCAGUGCUGCACCCACUCUUGAACUCAACAUUCACCGGGCUGAUUUUCCGGUUGAUUUUUUCAUUGGAGUUGGCACUUCAGCUGCUCAGACGGAAGGGGCAGUCGAAGAAGAAGGGCGAUCCCCAAGUGUCUGGGAUCAUCGUGCCAAAAUACUCCCAGGUGCGAUUCGAGACAGUAAGAAAUUCUCUAAGGCAAUUGAUGGAUACAGACGAUACAUGGAGGACAUUCAGCUUGUCAAGGAGCUUGGAGUGAACUCCUAUAGAUUCUCCAUUUCCUGGAGUAGAAUUUUACCAAAGGGAAGCAUAAGUGGUGGAGUUAACCAACUUGGUGUAGAUCAUUACAAUCGUCUGAUCAACGAAUUAAUAAGAAAUGGCAUUGAGCCUUUUGUCACGAUCUAUCACUUUGACUUGCCCCAAGUUCUGCAAGAGAAGUAUGGAGGCUUGAUGAAUCACAUGUUUGUGAAAGACUUCAGCGAUUAUGCUGAGCUCUGUUUCAAAUUGUUUGGUGAUAGAGUUAGGCAUUGGUUCACCAUUAAUGAGCCAAAUGUUCUUGCACAAUAUGGCUACGAGAUUGGGAUUGCCCCACCAGGAAGGUGCUCGCUUCCACAAGGACGUUGUGGGUUGGGAUCUCCACCUCGAUGUAUGGUGCCCGUCGGUCCCUGUAACUUUGGUGGUAACUCGUCCACGGAGCCUUACAUUGCUGCCCAUCACAUCAUCCUUGCUCACGCCACUGCUGUGAAGCUAUAUAAAGAGAGAUACCAGGUAGAGCAAAAUGGAGAGAUCGGAAUCGUCCUUGCUACUAAGUAUUUUAAGCCAUAUUCUAAUUCACAGGAAGAUCAAGCUGCAGCAAAGAGACUGUUUGAUUUUUAUCUAGGGUGGUUUAUGGGACCGUUGGUAUUUGGAAAAUACCCACAAAGCAUGAAAGAGCUGGUGAAGGAAAGGCUGCCCACAUUUUCCGCUGAAGAGAAAUCUCUUGUCAAGGGGAAUUUAGGCUUUGUUGGGAUAAACUAUUAUGAAUCAGUUCAUGCGAAAUAUAGGCCUCCUCCUCCUGCAGAGAAUCUGAGCUAUUCCUUCGAUUCAUGGGCGGAAGAAAAAGAUAUGAAAGAUGUUCCUGGUGUGUCCGAGAACCAUUGGCCACAAGGGCUGCAGAAGCUCAUGAACUAUGUGAAGAAUGAAUAUCGUAGCCCACAAAUCUACAUUUCCGAAAAUGGAUAUGGUAAUCCAAGAAAUGACAGACUUCCGCUCGAUGAACAAGCAAAAGACCCAAAUCGAAUCUCCUAUAUCGCUCGGCAUUUGUAUUGGCUCAAUAAGGCAAUGAAGAAUGGAGCAAAUGUCAAAGGGUACUUUUGUUGGGCUCUGUUCGAUGACUUUGAAUGGGGUAUAGGGUUGUCUCAACAAGUUGGACUCUAUUACGUUGAUUUUGAUGACAACUACAAGCGCUACCCCAAGCAAUCAGCUAAGUGGUUCCGUGAUUUCAACCACAACAGUGCUGCAAUUAGUAGAUCGACUUAG